AUGAUAAAUCAUUAAAUAACUUUGGAAUAAGAUAUAGAAUCAAAUAUAACAAGUAGUUGUGCGUAUUAGUGUGCUAUGCCGUUUCAUGAAGCGCCAUGUGUGGAGCUGGGUGCUGCACCAAGGACUCCUAGUGUAAUAGCAUCCCCAUCUCCCUCCGAAAUUUCUAGUACAAGCUCAUCAGAACCUCAGAAUGUUCGAGCAACACCUUUGUUUAGAGCAUUGGCGAUGAGACCGCCUGAUCCAGAACAGCCACCUGGGCAAGAUGAACUGGAACGUCGUCUUCCAGGCUAUAGACGGAUUGUCAUCCCAAGAGAGUUGACGCUCAUAGAAUUGCUCAAACAAAGCAGUGGUGUCACAACUGAUGAAGAAGUUCUAAGAAUUCGUGAAGCCAAAUUGCGAGUGGUAGCGGAGCGUGUAGGUUUGCGACGGUUACACGUUUUGGCUCCAAGACUUCGUUCGUUGACCCUCGACGGGAGUGCUAUAUCAUCUUUGAGAGAUCUCGGCAUUGGAUUGGUCCAUUUAAAGUUUUUGAGCGUAAACCGUUGCGGCCUCACGUCUCUCGACGGGAUAUGGGGCUUGGGAACUCUCCGGGAACUGAACGCUGCUGGAAACCGCCUUCAUGAUUUAAAUCCGUUAGCCGUGUUGCAAAAGUUACACACAUUGAAUCUUGCGCAAAAUCCAAUAGAAGAAUCGAGCCGCCUCUGGACAUUAGGAGUGUGUAGUUCCCUGCGACGUAUUGUGUUACGAGGAACACCACUGUCCGACCUGCAGCAUUAUACGUCGCUCGUGACGUCAGCUCUGCCAAUGUUGACACAUUUGGAUGACCGUCCGUUACAAGAUGAUAAUGCCGAUGAAAACUUAUCACUAGAAGCAUCUUCGGACUCUGAAGCAGGUGUGAGUGAUAUUGAGGAAGACCAAGUGGUCACUAAUAAACAAACAAAUUUUGAUGAUGUUCAACCUGGACCUUCUCAUCAGGGAAAGGUACAAGCGGAUGUAAAUGUUCCAGAAAUUGAAUUGAAGCGGGAACGGACGUUUCGUAGACCAGCGACAACAGAAUGCGCGGGAACACGGCCGCGCGUCCGUUUGCCACAGAGACCGAAAACAGCAGUCGAGCGCACCACAGACAAACUGACCAAAUUACACAUAAUGCAUACUCUUUUGGAUGACGAAUGGCAUUCUAGUGCAAGUGGAAGCAAGUUGACUUCAAAUGCGCCGGUUUGUGGAAAUUUGGCGCGGGCUUUACGAAGAACGAAGAACAGUCGUAACAGUUCAACUAGUUCCAUAAGAACAGAAGAAACAAUGGAGCAAGCUUGUCGGGCCGUAGCUGCUGAAAUACCAAUGACUCUAUCAGCAGAUGUGUGGGAGAAGUUUAAAAAGGAUACUGGUAUUGAAAUCGAUCUAGACUUCAAUGAAAGACCAAAAGGCGAGGAUCCGAACCGUGUUAUUGAGCAAUUAGAACAAAUAGAGAGGGAGACAAUGGAACGGUUGAAUAACGACAAUCCAGAUUCGAAUUUUACGCGCAAUGUUUUCAAGUUUUCCACCGAUCCUUCUAGAAUAUUCUCGAGCAACAUAAACGAUACUGAAUUGUGGCGGGAAAUAGAAGAUCUCGCAGUGCCAGAUGUACAAAAUGAUGUGGAUGAAUUGUAUAUUGCGAGUAACGUGCGAUUUGCUGUUGACGAAUAAUAAUUAUUGUUUCAUUUUUUUUAUAGGUCAUUUGAAAUUAAGGGCCGAUUUUUCAAUGCUUGGAUAAAACUUAUUCGUCGAAUAAUGUAUUAAACUACAAUUUUAAAAACGUAUUCUUA